GAAAUCUCAGCCUAGGAUGCCCUGCGAAGCCGCCAUUUCAAAACGUUUAGGAAUAACGGGCGCUGUGGAAUUUUUUUUCUAUACUUAUAUUUUUUAUUUUUCUACCACAUAUUUUAUAAAUAGGUUGGCAAGAGGGGCAUUUUUUACUUUUUAAAUUAUACCUUGCCCGCACGACUAAUAGGAUGGAUGCAGAGCCUGAUCAAAAGUCAAAAAUAUCGAAGAAUGAAUCCCAGAGAGCUGGAGGUGACUCCAAUUCCAGGGGACGAGGGUCCAAAGGCCGUGGUCGAGGUGGGAAUAUGAGUCGAGGUGGUAUGCGCGGUGGGCGAGGUAUGGUCAAAAGCUUUGGUCCACCGGGACGUGGGAGAGGCCGUGGGAAAGAAGGAGCCAUGAAUGGAUUCGGACCCAUGAGAGGAAUGGGGAGGAUGAGACCUUACCCUGACCUCAGAGGACAUCGUGGUAGGGGUGGUCCCAUGGGUAUGGGUCCACCGCCGCCUCCUCUCCCUCCUCCUCCCCCUCCUAUGCACUUUCGUGGGCCUUUUCCACCCAUGCCAAGGCAUGGACCCCCUCCACCCUCCCCUCCAGGUCACCCUGGUUUCAGAGGGCGGCCACCACACCCUCGAGGCAGAGGCAUGCCACCGCCUGGCCCUCCACCACACUUCCUCCCCCGUGGUCCAAGAGGCUACCACAAUGGACCGGUCUCUCCUCCGCCUCACCCCCCACCUGGCAGAGGCCAGAGGUGGCCAGGCCCCCCUGUUGGCCGCCGAUUUUAACUGAAUAAAAGCUAUAAAAUGAGCACCUGCCAUAGUAUGACUGGCCUAAAAUGGAUUGAAUCAUCCCCAAACUCAAAUAUCUAUUAUCCAGUCUGUGGCCAAGUAUUAUUGGUAUUUCAUUCCGGAAAUGGGAGGAAACUUACUUGUUCCCACUGGAGACAUAUAAAACGAUGAAUAACUCGGCAAUGUGAACGCAUUAACACGUUGUGUUGCUCAUCAAUAAUGUUGGCACUGCAGAGACUUUUGAUAUUGUUAAAAGAUGUUUGUAGUUAAACGUUCUUAAAUGGGAAAGAAUACUGUUUGGUUAAUGUUAUUGUUGUCACCUGUUAGCCUUAACUUUCUUUCCUGAUUUCUCGAUAAAGACUAAAAAAAUGGUGACACUGUAUAUCAGAAAAUGGCAGAAGAGGGGGAGAGGGAAAAACACUGUACCCUCAAGGAUUAAUUUCACAUCUUGGAGCGCCCUUGUCUUUCAUUUUGUUACAUUGAGGUAGUUAUGUAUUAUGUCGCAAAAUAGUGCAACAAUAUUGUUAAACACUUGCUCAUUUGUCAAGUGAUAAGACAACUGAAUUUGUAGUAUUCGUGAAUAUUACAUUUUGUAAUAUAGAUUAUAUAUAUUUAAUGUGCUGCUAUUUCAAGUUAUAAGUACUGCUAUUUGAAAGAUUCGUGUUGUCUCCGGCAAUCUGUUGUGACAUGACACUAAGGAAUUUUGCAUAAUUAGUAUUCACUUUAGUUAAAAGUUAGUCUCUUUACUCUGUUUAGUUUUUUGAGGUGUUACAUCCUUACCUAUUGUAAUUACUAUAAAUAUUGUGAAUCUGUGAAUUUGUUUUAUGAAAACGUUUAAGAUCUGAGACGGUCGUGAAAGAAUAUAAAAUAAAACAAAAAGUAAAUAAACACUA